AUGUUAUCAAGAAUAUUUGGAAAAUCGUUACCUGAGCCCACAACCGAACAACUUGGUGUAGAUCUAAACCCAUAUGACCUCGAGAAACCAGCUGAAGUGACCUCAAUCGCUUUUGAGCCAAGAUACAAAUUAUUAGCUUUCGGAGAUGCCACAGGACGUCUUUUUGUUAUGAAUCAAGAGCGUCGAUUGCUUGCUUCAAAAGAUGCUGCUCCAACAUCUAUAUGCAGAUUAUACGCUUGUCCAAACACAAGUUCUUUUGUAUCUGUUUAUUCACAACACAUUUACAACAAUCAUCCAAAUCAAGCAUUAAUAACUCCUAAUGAUAGCGAAAAGGAGUCUUUCAGAUGCAGAAGACACUUCAGAACAGAUUCUGUCGUUACUCAUUGGGUUGUUGCUGAAAACAAGAUCAUUCCGAGAGUUAUUUCGCUCAAAGAAAUCAUUGUAGAGCUUGUUGUUUCACCUUCGACACCCAAUUUCGCCAUGAUUUUAAUGACGACAGGAGCUUUGUUGGGAUUUUCACUCGAAAAGAUGAAAUUCACGGACUUUUACGUAAAUAUAUUCGAAGGAAAGCCAGUAAAGGCUCUUAGCUGCCCUAUUGGCAUGAGUUAUUACGUUGCACAUGAUCAAAUCGACGUUUUGGACAUAGAUUCAAUGGAAGUCGAUAAAUAUUCAACACAGAAAGUAAACGAAUUUGAUUUAUUCGAUGGAUACGCAGCAUCUAUCUUAGAAGACGGAUCUUCUGCUCUUAUCAAAGGAAACAAAGUUUCUUCGACACAAAAACUUGAAGAAGGAGAAAAAGCAAUCUACACAACUCUCCUUGAAAGCGAAAAACAAUUUACAAUUGUCAGAUCUAAAGAAUUUGAUUCAAUAAUGAUCGGAAACAGACGAGUUUCUCUACCAGAAGGUGUUAGAUUAGCACCAGGAAUCGCUCCAAUCUACACAAAGUCAUAUUUCGACAGAGCAGGAGUUUCUACUUUAUAUGUCAUUUCUACUGACGGCAGAAUCUUCAAUGUUGCUGAUUCAUGCGACGAACUCAUCCUAUAUCCACCGAUUUUGGACGGAACGAAGUGCAAAGCUUACGAAUACGAAAAUAUUAUUUACGUAACAGAGAAUAUUGGCGAAGGAUCAUUCAACGUACACUCAAUGACGAGGAAUGGAUACAUUGGCACCAAGAAGAUCGAUGCUCCAUAUCCAACAACCUUCAUUUCCGGCAAAUUUGUUUGUAUUUCGCCACUUUCCAUUGAUAUCGUCGAUGUCAAGGAUUACAAGGUCAUCAGAGUUGUCGAAGCUAAAGAAUCCCUCAGAGUUUACAUCCAUCAGAACUCUUGCCACGUAUUUUGCGACUCAUUCCCUCAACUUUACAGUUCUGACAUGGUGAACUUCAAUCCUGCCGCAGAAGGCGACAUGUUCUCUCCUUCCUGCAGCGAGGACAUCAUCCACGCCCUGUUCAUCAAAGGCCAGGAAUGUCUGAUCACCAAAGAUAAUUCCAUCAUUUACAAUGGCGAGAAAUACGAAGGCUUCGAUAAAGACGACCCUGCAGUUUUGAUUGAAUGCAUUGACGAUUUCGGAAAAGCCUCAAAAGAUGGAAAUUACUUGUUAGUUGUUACAAAGAAAUUACUUUUGCUGUUUGAUGCAACAGACGGAAUGAAGAAGAUCAGGAAGGACACAAUAGAUCACAAUGUUACGCAUGUCAGUGUCAUGAGAUGGGGCGGAUUGAUGACAUGCACUCCAACCCACUUGAAUUUGCUUCCUCUGCCUGAUUUCACUCUGAAGAGCCUCGGAAAACUCUCUGCUCCUUCAGAGGCAACAAUCACUCCAAUCGAUCAGUGCGGUAUCAUUUCUUCAGAUAAAAUCGCAACUUCUGUUUAUUUGAAUGACAUGGUGAAGCCAAAACUGUUCGAUCAGGAGACACCAGCACUUGCUAUUCCGCAGAAGAAGAGUUUCUUCGGACUGAUAAAUAAAAACACAGCUCCAACAACUGAGGAAGCUGAUGAAAAAUUCGGUUUCAAGAGGUCAAAGACACAAUCUGCUGCUUCUAACCUCGCAGAAACUGGUCAGAUGAUGCAGGAAUUGAUGGUUAUCGCACAGCAGAGAAGUGAGAAAUUGAAUGAACUUGAAGAGAAAGCAAAUAGAAUUAGAGAUCACGCAAGAGAUUUCGCUGAAGCUUGUAGAAAACUGAAUAAGUAA